AUGCCAGGCUUACACGAGCUCGAGCUCGCCAUCAUCCUCGCCCAAGCACAAGCAACAACCCGCGCCGUCGCAGAACAACGCUCAGCAGCCAUCGAGUUCCACCGAAAGCGAAUCACCGAAGUGGCCGGCGCUCGCCAGGACUGGCUCAACGCGCAAAAGACUCGAACACCCACCACGGCUGAACAGCUCGAGAAGAUCUACCGCUCUGCUCAGCUCCACGAGGUAGCAGCCGAUAACAUCCGCAAGCAGUUUGAAGAUCGCUACAGCAAAGUCCUACAAGACGAACAGGACGCGCUCAAGAACCUCACAGACUGGCGCAACUUCGGUAUCGCCAUCGUCGAUCAAGAGAAAGCACGAAAGGAGGAAAUGCAGAGAAAGCAGGAGCAGCGCAUGCAAGAUGCCGCUGAGCUCGAGGCCCGGAAACGAGCGGCGGACUUAGAAGCCACGAAGAAGCGACUCGACCGCGAACGCCAGGACCGCCUGGAACGUGAACGCGCAAAGCGCGCCGAGCGCGAACGCAAAGCAGAGGAACGACGCGAGCAACAAAAAGCAGAAGAGCAACACCGCUACUACCAAUGGAAAUCCCAAAACGCGCACAAACCCUUCUCCCAAGGCGGCGCGAACCUCACCACCGACACCUCAUCCGCCUUCACAGCCGCGUGCACGACUUGGCGCGCCGCCGUCGAGGUGGCAUUCAACGACUACGCUUCCAUCAAGGACUUUCCGCAGCCGCCUGUGAGUGGGACGUGCGUGAAGGCGAGUUGUAAGGCGGAGAAGAGGGCGUUGCGGGCUUGUGCGUGUGAUGUGCAGAAGGCGUUGAGGGCGGGGAGGGUUGAGCUGAAGAGGGAGCGGAAUGGGUGGCAUCCCGAUAAGUUUUCGGGUUGUGAUGAGGAGAGGAGGGAGGAGUGGCAGAGGAUGGCGAAGGAGAUGUUUCAGGUUGUGUCUGUGAUGUAUCAGGGGCAGGGGCGUGGGUAG